GGAGGUGCUGGCCGGGCCCGGGGCCAGGGAGGGGUUACACCCGCGGUCAGACAGACGGGUGCGGGGACACGGCAGUGUGCCCAGGGCGAUGGGAGCAGGGCGCUGUGCCGUGGGGUGAGGGUAGGCGGUGCACUGUGUAGCCCCUGCCUCCCGCCGGGGCUGGACCAGACCUCUGGAGGUCCCUGCCAGCCCCACUCCUCCACGCCUUUGUUUCAAACCAACACAGUUAGUUUGUUUCUUUAUCCACCAUCCUCCUGAAGGAUUGGGCUGGACCUGAAACAUUUUUCUUGCUUUGCGAGCUAGAGGAACUCAGCUGAAAACGGUGAUCUCAGAAGUUGUGUAUUUCUUCCCCUCCUUCGCACGCCUGGUUCAUGUUUUUGCUUAGGGCGCCCUGCCGGUGAGGAUCCCCUGCACCCGUGUGGCUCACAGAGGCGACAGGAAUGUACCGCGUGGGUUUUAUUUUACCUUUUUCAGGGGUAACAAGGGGCAGGUCUCAGCAGUAUUACUGGAAGCACGAAACACCAUGGAUAUGACUAGCCAUAGUGUUGUUCUUCUGCAGCAGUUGAACACGCAACGUGAGUUCGGAUUUUUGUGCGAUUGUACGGUGGCCAUUGGAGAUGUCUACUUCAAAGCUCACAGAGCUGUGCUCGCUGCUUUUUCAAAUUAUUUUAAGAUGAUAUUCAUUCACCAGACAAGCAGUGACUGCAUAAAGAUUCAGCCUACAGAUAUCCAGCCAGACAUAUUCAGCUACUUGUUGCACAUCAUGUACACUGGGAAAGGGCCAAAGCAGAGCGUGAGUCACAGCCAACUGGAGGAGGGCAUUCGAUUUCUUCAUGCAGACUACCUUUCCCGUAUCGCAGUUGAAAUGAAUCGGGUGUCUUCCCCAGAGGCCGAGAAGUCUUCAAACCUAUAUGGAAUUCAGAUCUCGACUGCGCACAAAACAGCCAAGAAAGGUCUUGCAAGGAAAGAAAAUACAACAAACACUGGAAAGAGGCCUGCUGCCCAGGGUGACCACCCACAGUUACAACUCUCCCUCGCCAUUGGCCUGGAUGAUGGCACCCUAGAACAACAAAUUACCCAUCCUUCCGUUCAAGCACCUGAAGCUGUCAAACUGGUGGAGGAGUUUCCAAAAGUAUUGGUGUCUAUAAAGCAGGAGAAAUAUGACCCUGAGCUGAUGGUGUCCCAGAGUCGUGUAUCCCCCGCUCCAGAUGUUGCAGGUCCUACAUUUUCUAAAACAAACCUCAAAAUGCAUUUAUGUCAGUACUGUGGGGAGUGUUUUGAUUCGCAUGGCAAUCUGCGGGAACACUUGUGUAUUCCCGUAUCGGGGUCUCUUCCAUUCAGUGUCCCAGCUUCCAUCCUCGAAAGCAAUGACCUUGGUGAAGUGCAGCCUAUUACAGAGAACCGGGAGGCUCUUGAAAGUCGUAGGAUGGGAACCUUUCUAAUAAAAGAGAGCGAGCACCAGUUGAAACAUCCAAACCGUAGUCACGCAGAGCCAUUACAGAUUAGCCAGUUGUCACUAAUUUCCAAAGACAAUGAGCCCGUGGAGUUAAACUGUAACUUUUCUUUUACACGAAAGAGGAAAAUCAGUUGCUCGUUGUGUGGCCACAGAUUUCUCCGAAAGAGCCAAUUGCUGGAACACAUGUACACGCACAAAAAUAAGCAGUUCAAAUCUAACCGAUGCCAAAGGCUUGGUAACCCAGUGGGCCAUAGGUUUCACCCUUGUAACGACAACAACACCACAGUAAAAACUUUCAGCCAAUCUCGAGGUGCCUUAAAUUCAUCCCCUUCGUUGGAGUCUUAUCUUGUCCAAGAAAAGAUUGAUACAAUCUUAGUAGAAUAGCUUGUUUUCUGCCUCGCUCUAAGACUGAGAAGGCUCUGACAUCCUUCCGUGUCCCAGAGUUUUGUACACUCUUCCGAAGUUGUGUCUUCAGCUAACAGCCCUAUCUGCAUUGAAAUGAAACUUGUACUUGCAGGCAAGGAUCUUUGGGUAGAUGUGAUAUCUUUUAUUAGCCCAACUGUGUCAUUGGAAAAAGGUUCCUUGCAAGCUUUUGGACACUUACCCUUUUUACAUGUAAAGUUAAGCUUAAUUCUUUCAUUACUUUGAAUUUUAAGCUAUUCUUCAACAGUGGCCAGAUAAUUUAGAUAAUAUUUUUAUAAAGGUCAAUACAAUUGAGUUGUGCUUUACUCGCGUUAAGAUUGUGGAAGUUGUUGGGUAUGAGGCGUAAACAACUAACGUAUUGAGCAGAAGGUAAGGCGGUGUAUGUCCUGCAGAUAAUCUUCCAGAGCGCGGAUGCUAUAAAGAAAUGAAAUGUUCCACUUUACCCAAAUUGUAGUCUCAGGCUGCCACCUGACUUCGAGCAAGUCAUUGCACCUCUUUGAGGUGGGGGGUUGAUUCAUCAAGCACUUAAAGUGUGGUCAGCUUAAGUGCGUGCUUAACUUCAGGAACAUACUCAAGUGCUUUGUUAUACCAUGCCUGUUUCCUUAUCCCAGUUUUCCACAAAUGUGCAUUUAAAUCAGCACUGAAGUCUUCUGGCCACUUGCUCUGGGAUUGUCUCACUAGAAUACAAUUUAGCAGGAACAGGGAGAAACCUUUGAGCGAUUUUGAGAACUAUUUACUGCCAGUAUAUGUGGACCAAAUCUCUUAAAGCCGAUAGUUUUUAACUGACUUCACUCAAGUUGGCUGAAGCCCGGAAAGAAAUGUGAACUCAAAACAUUUUUAAUUACAAAUGCAUCCUAAACCUCUUACUUUUUAAGGAAUCAAAACAUCUGUGUUCUGUUUUAUUUAAAUACCGCCAGUGCACAGAAGCCAAGAGCUAAAUGAACAGAAAAGGAUUUUUCUUGCAGGUGGUCUGGCCAUAACAUGGUUGAGACAUCCUACUAUGGCAAUACAGAAAUGCUUGUAUUUCUGUUGCUCCUUGGUAGAGAACUACUCUCCAGGCCCUGACAGCACCUUUUGCAACACUAAAAAGCUGAGAAACUUUAAGUUUAAUUGAGCACCCAACCCCAAUUCUGCUGUGUUAACUAAUGUAUCUCAAGAGACUUGGGCCCAGCAGAGAUGUUGGCAAACACAGUAUUAAUAGCCGUUCUAGUUUCAGUAAGUGUUAGCUGGUCAGAUUCAAUCCAAGGCACCCGGCUUGGUUUUUUCAGCUAACAUGUUUUAUAAUCCUAGCGUAGAAGUGGUAGCUAACAUGCUAAAGGUGUAUAUUUUUUUCCCAUGUGCAUAUUUUUUUCCUUCAAGUGCUGAGUUUUAACAUAGAGGCACUUGUAAAAUUGAAGUGCUUAUAGAGAGUGUUUAAAAAUGACUAAUAAUGUCAAGCAGUGUGGAUCCAAAAUGUGACUUGCUUGGCUUUUUUUUAUGACUAAGGAGAAUGCCCUCUGCGUUCUUCUGACUUCCUUAUCUAAACUAUACAACAAAACAGUGUUUUUUAGCUUUGUCUUCUGCCGACACUGGUAGCAGACUGAACAGGAUUCUCAGGGCUCUGCUUGCCUCAUUUAUACUGGUGUGCUGUUAAGCUGUGCCCCAUACUUUUACAUUUCAGUUCCAUUAGCAAUGUAAGGAAACACCCAUUGCCUGUGGAAAAAGGAGAGAGGGGGAGAUUUUCAGAGGCAGCCAUGGCUGUCUGAUUAUCUUAGUUGGAAUUAGGUAUCCCGGUUCAGGUACUUAACUCCCAUUGUAAGUGAAAAUCUUGUCCCAAAUCCAGUGCCUUAUUAAGGAAGUAUUUUUAAAAGUGGGCAAUGUGAACAAAGCUAAGUAUUUGUGACAGAAGGGCAUGCAGAUAGCAGUGCUGCAGGAUAGGACUGGGGGUGGUGUGCGGUGUGUUCCUUACAGCGUUUUGAUCUUUUUGAUGUGCCAAGUGUUACUUUUUAGAAAUUGGCCAGUAGGUGAGUACUUAAAUAGGAGUAGUUAUCACACCUGUGCGUGUGAUUGGCUGUGAUGUAUUUAUAGAGCAGCAAUGACUUGAUCAUUUUGAAUAUGAAGAAUUUACUUUCUGGAAUUGGUAAAUUAACUUUUGUGUUUGUGUAGAGGCAUAUGUUUGAAACCUUGUAAGCAUUAAUAGUCAGUAUAAUUCACUGAAGGUUUAUUAGAGUUCCUUGGACUGACCUUUGUCCCAUAAAGGUUAAAUACAUUUGCCUUAUUGUUGUUCUGUAUACUUUACAAAAAGGUUUUCCUGUAUUUUUUUUAAUUGAAAUGUUUGAGGCACAGCUGCAAUGAGAACAGGUGAAAAGACUAGACAGAAGUCUUGUCAAAUCUGAAUGCUGUUAUCCGGAGCUGCUUCUCCAAAGUGUCUUUAUUUUUUUUUCAUUUUGCAAACUUUAAUUUUAGAAGAAAAUUACUCUGCCAGACAGUGACAUCAGCAAUAAGAGCAGCUCAUGCCCAUGUAUUAACAUGUUUUAUACAGUAUUAUUGUAUGAACAAGAUGUUCAGCUCAAUGUACAUUUGACCUGCUGUGCAUAUGUACUUUUUCUUUUAAAGCAAAAUCUGUAUCCUGUACAGUUGAACCAAAAACAGUGCAUUUCCUGUAUCUUGUUAUGAGAAAUAAAUUCAUUC